CCCAGUCUUAUGCUUAUAAUAAGCCCUCACUUUGACUUUCCAGAACCAUCGAGUAACAUCUCUGUUUUAUUGGGCAACCAUGAGACUGGUUCUUCCCAACCCAGGACUGGAUCUCAGGAUCCCAAACUAUGAGGACCUGGAAAAGAUGGAAAAGGAAGAUGGUGACAGACCCAAAUGGGAUAACAAAGCUCAGUACAUUUUAACAUGUGUGGGCUUCUGUGUAGGGAUUGGGAAUGUGUGGAGAUUCCCUUACUUGUGUCAAACCCACGGAGGAGGUGCCUUUUUGAUUCCUUACAUCAUCCUGCUGGUGCUAGAAGGAUUGCCCCUUCUGCUGUUGGAGUUUGGCAUUGGCCAGCGACUCAGGAAAGGCAGUGUGGGCGUGUGGAGGGCCAUCAACCCCUAUCUGACUGGUGUUGGUAUUGCUUCCAUGCUGGUCUCUUUAUUGAUUGGCCUGUACUACAACACCUUAAUAGCCUGGAUCAUGUGGUAUCUCUUUAAUUCCUUUCAAGGCCCACUGCCUUGGACCCAGUGUCCUCUCAAUGACAACCGAACAGGCUUUAUAUCCGAGUGUCAGCAGAGCUCCACAGUGGAUUACUACUUUUACAGAGUCACUCUGAAUGCCUCUGCCUCAAUAACAGACUCUGGAGGACUCCAGUGGCCCAUAGUGAUCUGUCUGUUAGCUGCCUGGACAGUCAUCUGUAUCUGCUACAUACGGGGGAUCAGUACUUCAGGAAAGGCAGUGUACGUUACAGCCCUCCUGCCUUAUGUAGUGUUGGCCAUCUUCCUGAUCAGAGGACUGACUCUUAAAGGAGCCAUGAACGGAGUGAAGUACCUGUUCACACCAGAUGUGGAUGAGCUGAUGAACCCAACAACCUGGUUGGAUGCAGGUGCCCAGGUCUUUUAUGCCUUUAGUUUAGCAUGGGGAGGCCUGAUCUCCUUCUCAAGCUACAACCCUGUCCACAACAACUGCAUGCAAGAUGCGGUGAUCCUGACUAUUAUAACUGGCCUCACCUCAAUCUAUGCUGCCACAGUCACCUACACCGUCAUUGGCUUCAGGGCCACUGACAAAUAUGACACCUGUAUCAGUGAAAACAUCAGGAUGUUACUAAAUGGAUUUGAACUCCCUGAAGACAGCAUCACUGCCAGCAACUACAAUGCAGCCCUUCAUCAUCUGAACAGCUCCAAUCCACAUACUGUUUUUGGACUGGACAUUAAAACCUGUGACAUGCAGAAACUCCUCAGUGAGGGAGUGGAGGGAACAGGUCUGGCCUUUAUUGUCUUCACAGAGGCCAUUACCAAAAUGCCGGGUUCCCCAGCCUGGUCUGUCCUGUUUUUUAUCAUGCUUCUCUGCCUCGGACUCUCAACACUUUUUGGCAACAUCGAAGGAGUCGUAGUCCCUUUGAAAGACUUGAAUUUAUUUCCUAAAAAAUGGCCCCAAGAGGCACUGACAGGAGUAACGUGUCUUGUAUCCUUCAUCAUCUGUCUGCUGUUUGCACAGCAGUCAGGCCUUUAUUGGGUAACUCUCUUCGAUAACUUUGCUGGAUCAAUCCCACUGCUGACCAUUGGCCUGACUGAGAUGAUAGCUGUUGUUUACAUCUAUGGCAUUGACAGGUUCAAUGAAGACAUCAAGUUCAUGAUUGGAAAGAAGCCUUGCAUCUUCUGGCAGAUUUCCCUGAGAUUCACCAGCCCUCUCAUCCUCCUGGUCAUUUUAGUUUUCUACCUGGUGACUCAAGCCCAACAAGAACUCACCUAUUUAGUCUGGGACCCCGACUACGAUGAAUUUCCAACUCUGGCAUCAGUACCUUACCCUUCAUGGAUCAAUGUGGUCAUCUUUGUUUUGGCAGGAAUUCCCAGUCUGGUGGUGCCUGUCUAUGCCUUGUGCAGGCUGGUUUUUGUACGCUGCAAGAAAAAGAUGAAGCCAGAGAAAGACAUUAAUCAGAUAUAAACAAUUGCCUAAACAAGUCAGGCAAAAAUAUUUUAUUUUGUCUAAUAAAGGAAAAGUUAUUUAAAUACUGUGUCAGCAUCAGAAGCAUCAUGUCUCUUUCAUCAGUGCACUUUUGUCAUGGUGGGGAUAAAAUGUAACAUAUUUUGACAUGUGAAUACAUAUUUAAGUAAGCUUUGCCAUUAGAUUAUUGUUGAGUUAUUGGAGGAUUAGUUCAUUUAACUGCUCAGUAGAGGUGUAUGGAUGGAUGGCUGGAUGGAUGGAUGGAUGCCGAAUGCAUUGCAGAAGCAUAUCCAUACCAGCAGGUGGCAGAAACCAGCCGUGUGGAACUGUAUCAAUUUGAAGACAAGGGAA